AUGGCCACGGUGCUGAGGGGGUGCUGGGUGCAGGGUACCCAGCUUGGGGAGCCCCCAAAAGGGCUGUGUGUCCUGGUAACACCCCCUGAUGAGGAUUAUUACCAGGUGCUGGGGGUGCCCCGCACCGCCACGCAGAAGGAGAUCAAGAAGGCCUAUUACCAGUUGGCAAAGAAAUACCACCCUGACACAAACAAGGACGACCCCAAAGCGAAGGAGAAGUUCUCUCAGCUGGCAGAAGCCUAUGAGGUGCUGAGUGACGAGGUGAAGAGGAAGCAGUACGAUGCCUACGGCACCGCGAGCUUCGAGGCCGGCGCCGCCGGGGCCGGGGCCGGUGCGGGGCGGCGGUACUGGAGCAGCGGCCCCUCCAUCGACCCCGAGGAGCUCUUCAGGAAGAUCUUCGGGGAGUUCUCAGGAUCCCCUUUCGGCGAUUUUCAGACUGUUUUUGACCAGCCACAGGAGUACAUCAUGGAUUUGACAUUCACCCAAGCUGCAAAAGGUGUCAACAAGGAGAUUGUGGUGAACAUCCAGGACUCCUGUGUGCGCUGUGAUGGCAAAGGACACGAACCUGGCACCAAAGCUCAGCGCUGUCACUACUGCAAUGGCACGGGCAUGGAGACGAUGAACACGGGCCCGUUCGUGAUGCGCUCCACGUGCCGGCGCUGCGGCGGCCGCGGCUCCGUCAUCACCACGCCCUGCGUCGUGUGCCGGGGCACGGGGCAGACCAAGCAGAAGAAGACAGUGAUGGUUCCUGUGCCAGCUGGUGUUGAGGACGGGCAGACAGUUCGGAUGCCUGUGGGGAAGAAAGAAAUUUUCAUUACGUUCAGGGUUCAGAAGAGCUCUGUGUUCCGACGAAACGGAGCCGAUAUCCACUCGGAUCUCCCCAUCUCCAUAGCCCAGGCUGUGCUGGGAGGCACUGCCCGCUGUCAGGGCUUGUAUGAGACAAUCAACAUCACGAUACCCCCUGGUAUCCAGCCAGACCAGAGAAUUCGAAUGAGUGGGAAAGGCAUUCCCAAGAUCAACAGCUAUGGCUACGGAGACCACUACAUCCACAUAAAGAUAAAAGUUCCUCAGAGGCUGACGGAUCGCCAGCGAGCCUUAAUGAUGAGCUACGCCGAGGACGAGACCGACGUGGAGGGCACCGUGAACGGGGUCACCAACACAGCCUCAGGAAAGCGUUCUACUGGGAACUAGGAGCCAGCAGCAGCAGGUCAUCCGUGCAGUUGGGGGUGAAUCUUUGUGGCAGCCAGGCUCUGGAGAACACAGAAUGUCAGUCAGCAGCACAGCAAGAAUCCCAGCUGGAGAGGCCAUGGACCACCGAGGCACCAACACAAACCCCACCCACUGUCCCAAUAAAUGGCAGUGAAGGAAAAAAACAGCUUAGCAGAAGUGUGGCUCUCUGGAGGCUGCUCCACAACCCUACUGCUGCUGGAAGCUUAUUUGGUAAAAGCUAAAGUUGAAGUAUUAUUUAGAAUCCAAACCAGAGGAAAUGUGAAAUAAAUAGUCCAGCACAGAGCAGCAGUUUGCUGUAUGGAGGCCAAACCCACCAGCUGCUCACUCAGGUGCCCUUUGGAAUGCCAGGUGUGCUUGGUGAACUCUCCAGGAGACUUGGUGGAUCAGGAAGGUCUAACCUUGUCUUCAUGACAGCCCUGCUGCCCUGCACAGCUCCAAGUGGAAUCUCCCUGAGGCUGGGUGUUGUCUGAGCCCAGCUGGCCUGGCUCCCUCACAGCCCUGGGCUUUCUCUAUCCUGCUGAUUGCCUGCACAGAGCAGUGAUGGAAUCUGCACUUUGCCUCAAGUUAUCCCCCAAAUAACAAAGUUACCACACAACUGCUGUUGCUUCUGGACUGGUACAAGUCGAUCACUGAGCCCUUGGCCAGUUGGGGACAAAAAUCUUUUAUUACUUUAGUGCAACACCCGUAGCGUAAAGGAUUGGUCAAAGCAUCGUUGUUUUACUUGUGUGAGAGUGCAAGUGAGGUGGAUCACUCCUUCCACAUGGAGCUGAGCUCUUGCAGUGAGUAUUCCAUGGUUACUGUAGCCUGCUGUGUUUGUGAUACUGUGCAGGUACCAUCAGCCCACAUACUAAUCAGUUCAACACCAGUUCAGCAGGGACAUGCUGUAGUCUUGCCCUUCUUAAUUUGCUGAAAUAAAGCACGCGUUGCCUCCUGAUUAAACUUCUGUAAAGUGAUUCUGUACCCAUGUAAAUAAGAUGGACUUCAUAAAGAUAUUUAACACAU